CCGCUGCUCUAUGCAUUACAUCGAGUUGUUUUGAAGGUUAUACGUGUUGAUCCAUUUAUUUCGUUCGUUCGUUUUGACUUUGGAAGAGUAUGGGUGGAAAAUUAUUGAAUACGAAUUGUUAGUUAACUUAUUAUAAAAAUGAAAUUGUUUUGCAAAGAUAGGUAUACAAUACAAAUGCCGAAGGAGUGUAACAUUGUUAGCCGCUAAGGAUUAAUGGUUAAAACUGUAACAAAAUUUAAGAAUUGAAACGCAAGAGCCUGGUUAUACAAUGGGUGUGUUAAAAACUGCAGCAUUUAUAAGUUUACCGAUACUGGGAAUAUGUGCAACUGUGUUAUAUCUUUUACACAAAAAGGAAGAAGACGAUUUACAUGAGACUCUUCAAGAUGUGAAAACUUCAAGGGUGAAACUCAUUGAAAUGAAAAUUCCUAACUCAGUAGUUGGUGUUGUUAUCGGGAGAGGAGGAAGCAACAUCAAGGAUAUCCAGCAGAAAACAGAAACGAGAAUUAAUUUUAAAGAGGAAGAUGACAAUGAAGAGUACCGAACAUGCUAUAUCAGAGGCACGGCAGAAUCUGCUCAGAUGGCUGAAAGCAUGUUACAUGAAAUAAUUACAACGCAACCCCUCAUUAUAGUGUAUGAAACUUGGGUUCCAGAGAAAGCAGUAGGACGUAUUAUUGGAAGAAAUGGAGAAAAUAUUAGAUCAAUUUCAAGAGCUUCAAAUACUAAAAUCAACGUGGAUAGUGUAUCUUCUAAUAAAAGAGGAGAAGCAAAUGAGGUAAGAGUUGUGAUCAAGGGCACCUCUGAGAUGAUUGCUGUUGCUCGCUCUCUGAUACAAGAAAAAGUGGAUGAAGAUGUAGAAGUGAGGAGAAAGAUGGAACUCUGUCAGUCCAGUAGAUCUCCCAGGAACAAGCCUAAGUCAAGUGUGAAUUCUUCACUAACAAACAGU